GGUGAGGCCAGCGGCUGUGAGAGGCAGCUGCACAGGAGGAGGGGAAGGGCAGCCGGAGACAGAUCGAGCUCCCUCCUAGGAGUCUGGAGGGCCCUGGCUUCGCGGAGGUCGCCGCUCAGCUAAAAGUGGGGAUCAUGGCAUCACUGGUGGACCGAGUGCGGGGCAAUGGGCGCAUCGCCGCCGGGCUCUUGCUCAACCUGCUGGUGUCCAUCUGCAUCGUGUUCCUCAACAAAUGGAUCUAUGUGCACCACGGAUUCCCCAACAUGAGCCUGACCCUGGUGCACUUCGUGGUCACCUGGCUGGGCUUGUACAUUUGCCAGAAGCUGAACAUCUUUGCCCCCAAAAGUCUGUCACCCUCCAAGCUCCUUUUCCUGGCUCUCAGCUUCUGUGGCUUCGUGGUCUUCACCAACCUCUCUUUGCAGAACAACACCAUAGGUACCUAUCAGCUGGCCAAGGCUAUGACUACGCCAGUCAUCAUAGCUAUCCAGACUUUCUACUACAAGAAGACCUUCUCCACCAGAAUACAACUCACGCUGAUUCCUAUAACUUUAGGUGUAAUCCUAAACUCUUAUUACGAUGUGAAGUUUAAUUUCCUUGGAUUGGUGUUUGCUGCUCUUGGUGUUUUAGUUACAUCCCUUUAUCAAGUGUGGGUAGGAGCCAAACAGCAUGAAUUACAAGUAAACUCAAUGCAGUUACUGUACUACCAGGCACCGGUGUCAUCUGCCAUGCUAUUAGUCGCUGUGCCCUUCUUUGAGCCAGUGUUUGGAGAAGGGGGAAUAUUUGGUCCCUGGUCCAUUUCUGCUUUGGUUAUGGUGCUGCUCUCUGGAGUAAUAGCUUUCAUGGUGAACUUAUCAAUUUACUGGAUCAUUGGGAACACUUCACCGGUCACUUACAACAUGUUUGGACACUUCAAGUUCUGCAUUACCUUAUUUGGAGGAUAUGUUUUAUUUAAAGAUCCACUGUCAAUUAACCAGGGUCUUGGCAUUUUAUGUACAUUAUUUGGCAUUCUCGCCUAUACUCAGUUUAAACUCAGUGAACAGGAAGGAAAUAAGAGUAAAUUGGUACAACGUCCUUAAUUACGUGUUUGUGGAGAAAAGAAAGUUGCCUCAAGAAGAUAGAAAUGUUGUCAAAUAUGCAGAUUACU